AUGAAUUAUCUCCAGUUCCGCAGACUCUGUACGUUUCUUGAUUUAACAAACAAAACCCAGGCCACAAAUUCUUUAGAACUUCCGGUACUGAGUAAUUUCAAGAAAAGUGCCAUUCCAUUACCUCACAGAACAAUCCCUGAACCCAAAGGCCAAGACCUUGAUUAUGUAAACAUAGCUCACAGUCAUGUAAUCCACUCUGAUUGGGAUAAGCUGGAAAACUUAGCCUCUGGUUUGACCCAAUUUAGAAUUAAACACAUUAUGCUAAAAACGCGAAAAGAUUACGUGCUUUCACUCGAGUUUUUCAAGUGGGUUGAGCUACAAAAUCCUAAAUUGAAGACCCUUGAUUUACAAUCCAUAAUCCUUCACAUACUUACUAAGAAUUACAAGUUUAAGUCAGCUGAGUCGAUUUUAAGGAAAAUUCUUGAAAUGGGUUCUUUUGAGUUGGAUUAUCCGCGGAAGAUUUUUGAUGCUUUGUUGUAUACUUAUAGAAUGUGCGACUCUUCCCCGCGUGUUUUUGAUGCAUUAUUCAAGACCUAUGCUCAUUUGAAGAAGUUUAGGAAUGCCACUGAUGCUUUUUGUUGGAUGAAGGAAUAUGGAUUUUUCCCUACGGUUGAGUCAUGUAAUGCGUAUUUGAGUGCGUUGAAUGGUUUGAAUCGUGCAGAUAUUGCCUUGGCAUUUUAUAAGGAGAUGCAGCGGUGUAGGAUCUCGCCAAAUGUUUAUACACUUAAUUUGGUUAUUGGAGCUUUUAGUAAGGCGGGGAAAUUGGACAAGGCUGUUGAUUUAUUUAGGGACAUGGACAGAAUGGGAUUAACCCCAAAUGUCGCAUCAUAUAAUACUCUGAUAGCUGGAUAUUGUAGUAGAGGACUGUUAAGUAGUGGGAUGAAACUUAAGAAUGUAAUGGAGAAGAAUGAAGUUUGCCCAAGUGAUGUUACUUAUAACGUGCUUAUUAAUGCAUUCUGCAAAGAGGGAAAAUUACAUGAGGCAAACAAGCUACUUCUUGAGAUGAAAAGCAUGAAUGUUGCUCCUACUACUAUAACUUAUAACACAUUGAUUCGUGGUCAUGGCGAAGCAGGUAAUAGUGAGAUGGGUAGCCGGCUUUUUGACGAGAUGGCAAUGAAUGGAAUCAAGGCUGAUAUCUUGACUUAUAAUGCAAUGAUUAUGGGAUUAUGCAAUGAGGGUAAGACUAAAAAAGCUGCAUAUAUGAUCAAAGAACUUGAUAAGGAAAAGUUAGUUCCUAACUCCUCUACUUUUGCUGCUCUUAUUAAUGGGCAGUGUGUGAGGAAUAAUGCUCAGCGUGCGUUUCAACUCUGUAAAAGCAUGAUGCGGAGUGGUUGUCAUCCCAACGAACCAACUUUCAAGAUACUAAUACAUGCCUUCAUUAGGAAUGGGGAUUACGAUGGAGCAGUUAUAGUCUUGAAAGAAAUGCUAGCAAGAUCUAUAGCCCCUGAUUCAGGUGUGUUAUCUGAUAUUUGCAAUGGACUUCGCCAAUGUGGUAAAGAGGGAUUGGCCAUGGACUUGUGCAAAGAGAUAAAAUCGAGACACCUUAUGCCAGAAGGUGUUGGGAUAUACAGCCUCAGCUAUAGACCAAAUAUCAGUAACACGUAA